UUGGUAUUCCAUCUUUUCUCUCUUCUCUUUCCAUCCCAUCCAUCCAGCAAGCCAUGUCCGACGACGCCUCAGAAAUCACUGCCGUAAACAAGGAGUCCUCCAAGCAGACGGUCGACCCCGUCAAAUCUUUCCUCUCCGGCGGUGCUGGUGGCAUCUCAUGUGUGCUCGUGGGGCAUCCAUUUGACCUGACAAAGACCCGGCUGCAAACAGCUGCUCCUGGAGUCUACACUGGCGCUGUUGAUGUCGUCCGCAAGACCGUCGCUGCUGACGGUCUUCGAGGGUGCGUCCAACCUCGUUGCAACGAGGGGCAUCACUGACAAAGAUCCCAGUCUCUACCGAGGGGUAACCCCGCCAAUCUUGGGAGUCACUCCCAUCUUUGCUAUCUCAUUUUGGGGCUACGAUGUCGGCAAGCGUAUUGCGUACUCUUUCUCAGGUGCAGACAGGAAGGAGCAGGCGUUGAGCAUUGGCGAAUUGGCGUUCGCAGGUGCCUUCAGUGCUUUACCAGCUACGCUCGUUGCUGCUCCAGCUGAACGUAUCAAGGUUCUUCUCCAGGUUCAAGGUCAGAACGGUGCUCAAGCCUACAACGGUGUAUUUGACAUCAUCACAAAGCUCUACGCUGAGGGCGGUAUCCGCUCUCUGUUCCGGGGAACCCUUGCCACCCUCGUCCGUGACGGCCCUGGUUCCGCCGCCUACUUUGCGACCUACGAGCUCUUGAAGAGGAAGUUGUCCAAGGAGCCUGGGUAUCUGGAGAAUGGAGAGAGGGCACCGGCGCCGCCGUUGAGUGUUGGGGCGAUUAUGGCUGCGGGAGGUGGUGCUGGUAUUGCGAUGUGGAGUUUGGGUAUCCCUCCAGACACGAUCAAAUCUCGUCUUCAAUCCGCACCCCACGGCACAUACACCGGCUUCACAGACUGUGCCCGGAAGCUUAUAGCAGCCGAUGGCAUCACAGCCUUGUGGAAGGGCUUUGGGCCAGCUAUGGCUAGGGCUGUUCCUGCCAAUGCUGCUACCUUCUUGGGUGUGGAGAUGAGCUUGAAGCUUAUGGACACUCUUUGGUGAUAAUGUGACGUUUACGACCACGCUAGGCAUUGCGAAGGCAGUAUGGCGCAGUGAUUGUAGAAAGUAAAAGUGCAGAAGGGCAAGAAGGAGUGUGCAUAUAUCAUACAGUCAUACAUGUAUAUCAUAAGACCGUCUG